CCACCCACCGCAGGAGACUGGGGGAUGUUACACUUUCCUGGAUACACAAUCAUCAUUGUAGGGACAUUGAUACGCACCGGGCAUACAUUUAUUGGAUCUCAACGGCAAAGAUUGGAUUAUUUUACGGACUGUAAAACCUUGUUGAAGUUUUAGUUCACAUGUUUCAGCGCUUGUUUUAUCAGAGUGGCUGAAGACUCAAGGAACCAGUAAUGGACCAGAACCUGUUUGGAGGGGCCCCCAGAUUCCUCACGCGGCCCAAAGCGUUUGCAGUGUGCGUGGGCAAGGAUGCCACUCUAAGCUGCACCAUCGUGGGCAACCCCACCCUAUUGAUUACCUGGGAAAAGGAGAAGCUACGUCUGACCUCUGGGGGCCGCUUCAAGACGGUGGAUGAUGGUAAUGUCUACCGCCUCACCAUCUACGAUCUAACCCUGGAAGACAGCGGCCAGUACAUGUGCCGGGCCAAAAACAACGUCGGGGAGGCAUACGCAUGUGUAACCCUUCAUGUAGGCCUUCCACAGGAGAUGGUGGAGAGGGCCCCCGUCUUCAUGGUCAAGCCUACCUCUGUACGCGUUGGCCUGGGGGGCGAUGUGGUCUUCCACUGCCGGGUUGCUGCUUACCCAGAGUCUACAUUUGACUGGGAUAAGGACGGGCGUUACCUAGCCGAGACAAACCGCAUCAAGGUGUCCUCGGACGGCGACAGCAGCUCCCUGAGGAUCCAGAGCGUGCGCAGCCUAGACAGCGGCACGUAUACCUGCCGCGCCCAGAACUCAGUGGGCCGCUCGAACUCUGCCGCCACCUUGGUCAUAGACACCCAGGACUCCCGUCACCUGGGCCAGGACAAGAGCACCUCCCUCCUCUCCCACAUGCAGAAGCGUAAAGAAGGGAUCUCCAUCUACCGCACAGCAGAGACCCGCAGCUCCUCUCACAACUCCACCACCACCUCUUCCACGGCCACCACUACGGUCACAGACGGGCUGAGCGGUCUGGGUCUGGCCCACGGCAGCGCAGCACUGGUCAGCCAGCUACCCAAAAGCGUCUUUACCCGCACCUGCACGGUGACUGAGGGCAAGCAUGCCAAGCUCAGCUGCUUCGUGACGGGUCACCCCAAGCCUCAUAUCAUCUGGAGGAAGGAUGGGGGGAACAUCGGCGAGGGACGAAGGCACAUCAUGUAUGAGGACCAGGCCGAGAAUUUCAUCCUCAAGAUCCUGUACUGUAAGCAGAGCGACAAUGGCCUGUACACCUGUAAUGCCUCCAAUAUGGCUGGACAAACCUACAGCGCUGUGCUGGUGAUUGUUAAAGAGCCCAAGGUGCCGUUCAGGAGGAAGCUGCAGGAUGUGGAGGUCCAGGAGAAGAUGACGGCCAUGCUGCUGUGUGAGGUGCCCGUUUCGGCUAGCCAGGCCAGCUGGUUCAUGGAGGAGACACGUCUGGAGGACAGCUCCAAGUACUGCAUGGAAGAGGAGGGGACCAUGCGUCGCCUCACCAUCCGCAAUGUCACCACUAAUGAUGAUGCCGUCUACAUCUGCGAGAUGAAGGAGGGGAGCCGCACCGUAGCCGAGCUCACUGUGCUGGGGAACAUCACUAAGAAGCUUCCCAGGAGGACUGUAGUGUCGGGGAGUGAUACAGUGAUCUUCUGCGUUGAGCUGGAGCACCCCAAUUCUGACGCCUACUGGACACGCAACGGCGAGCGUCUGAAGCCGGACACACGGAUAUCCAUUGCCUGCACCCUCAGACAGUACACGCUAACCAUCAACCACUGCCAGGCCGACGACUCAGGAGAGGUGGCCUUUGUGGCUGGAGACUGCAAGACCUCCACACGAUUCUCUGUCGCGGCUGCCAGAAAGCACCCUCCAGAUCCCCCUAUCGACGUGGUGGUGCGUAACAAGACCGACUCGUCCAUCACCCUCCACUGGUCCCCCCCAGACAGUGACCGCCCCGUGCCCAUCAAAGGGUACAUGGUAGAGAGGAGGAAGGUGGGUGCCCAGACCUGGCAGAGGUGCAAUGGCAUGGAGGUCAGCCCCUUUACUGAGAUCACGAUCCAGAAUAUCACAGAGGAGGCCAGCUACCAGUUCCGCAUCUCCGCAGUCAACGACUACGGCCAGAGCCAAUACAUGGAGGUGCCUGGGACCUUCUACCUCGAGCCCUCUGCAGAGCUGAAGACAGGCCUGAUGAACAGCACAGCCAUCUCAGGCGAGGAGGCCUCCCUCUCCGUGGACCUGUCUGCCGUGUGCUCUGGCUCCUGGUCUAUCAACGGCCGCCUCCUGCGGAGUGGGGCUGACUACCUCAUCACACGCCAAAAGACCACACAUACGCUGACGAUCCGAACUGUCUUGAUGGAGAUGAAUGGAGCAGUGGUCAAAUUUGUGGGCGGUGGCUCCGAGAGCACUUGUAUACUCCACGUGAAGGCUCCAGCUAUCCGGUUCACCAGUAAGUCCGCUCACACUGAGGUGGUGACCUGCAGCGCCCAGUCCUCCGCCCAGCUGACCACAGAGGUGUCCGAUUAUGAUGCUCAGGUGGUCUGGAUGAAGAAUGGACGGGAGCUGAAGAUGGGCAAGAAGUAUGAGUGCAUAAGCACCGACCGCAAGAGGACCCUGAUGGUGCACAACGUCACCGAAGAGGACACGGGAAUCUAUGAGUGUGUCUUAAAUGAAGACCGAAUGUCCCUGCAGCUUUCUCUAAAAGAUGAAGCCAAGUUCCUGAACAAGCCCAGGGGUCCCAUGGGGGUGGCGCCUGCCCUCAGCGGGGACCUUGAGUUGAACUGUGAGGUGUCGUCUGCAAGCGGGGUGGUGGUGUGGAGGAAGGAUCAGACAUUGGUCACUGAGGACCAAAGAACCACCAUCGUCUCCAAAGGGACACAGAGGAGACUGGUCGUCAAGAAUGUCAAGAAGAGUGACGAGGGACACUACUCCUGCGAGACAGUCGAGGACAAAGUCACAUUCCAGGUCAAGAUAAAAGAAGCCCAACAGGCUGUCUUCUCCAACAAGGACGCUGUACAGAAGGAGGUGAAAGUUACUCUCUCCCAGAAAGCCACUCUGAGCUGUGAGGUGUCUGACCCCAAGACAGAGGUGAAAUGGUACAAGGAUGGCAAGCUGCUGACUUCCAGUGAGACAGUCUCCACGGAGACAAAGGGCAGGAGUCGUCUGUUGAUAGUAGACAAAAUUGAGAAGAAGGAUGCUGGAGAUUACACCUGUGAGGCUAGAGCAGAGAAGCUGGUCUUUAAAAUACAUGUUUCAGAAACCCAACAGUCUGCCUUCUACAACAAGGAGUCUGUACAGAAGGAGGUGAAAGCUACUCUCUCACAGCAAGCCACUCUGAGCUGUGAGGUGUCUGAUACCAAGACAGAGGUGAAAUGGUACAAGGAUGGCAAGCUGCUGACUUCCAGUAAGACCGUCUCCAUGUCUGUCUGGUAUCCAGACACCUCACAGCUCAGAGUGGCUUUCUGUGAGAGACUGACGAGUCUUGCCCUUUGCUCGGUGAAAUGGUACAAGGAUGGCAAGCUGCUGACUUCCAGUAAGACCGUCUCCAUGGAGACAAAGGGCAAGACUCGUCAGCUGGUGAUAGAGAAGGCGGAGAAGAAGGAUGCUGGAGAGUACACCUGUGAGGUUGGAACGGAGAAACUGGUCUAUAAGAUUCAGGUGGCAGAAGCCCAGGCUGUCUUCWMCAACAAGGAGUCUGUACAGAAGGAGGUGAAAGCUACUCUCUCACAGCAAGCCACUCUGAGCUGUGAGGUGUCCGACACCAAGACAGAGGUGAAAUGGUACAAGGACGGCAAGCUGCUGACUUCCAGUAAGACCGUCUCCACGGAGACAAAGGGCAAGACUCGUCAGCUGGUGAUAGAGAAGGUGGAGAAGAAGGAUGCUGGAGAGUACACCUGUGAGGUUGGAACGGAGAAACUGGUCUAUAAGAUUCAGGUGGCAGAAGCACCACAGGCUGCAUUCACCAACAAGGACUCUGUACAGAAGGAGGUGAAAGCUAAUCUCUCACAGAAAGCCACUCUGACCUGUGAGGUGUCCGACACCAAGACAGAGGUGAAAUGGUACAAGGACGGCAAGCUGCUGCCUUCCAGUAAGACCGUCUCCAUGGAGACAAAGGGCAAGACUCGUAAUCUAGUGAUAGAAAAGAUGGAGAAGAAGGAUGGUGGAGAGUACACCUGUGAGGUGGGAACAGAAAAGCUGGACUUCAAGAUACACGUGGCAGGAGAAACUCAGGCUGCCUUCUACAACAAGGAGUCUGUACAAAAAGAGGUGAAAGCUACUCUCUCCCAGAAAGCCACUCUGAGCUGUGAGGUGUCCGACACCAAGACAGAGGUGAAAUGGUACAAGGACGGCAAGCUACUGACUUCCAGUAAGACCGUCUCCAUGGAGACAAAGGGCAAGACUCGUCAGCUGGUGAUAGAAAAUGUGGAGAAGAAGGAUGCUGGAGAGUACACCUGUGAGGUUGGAGCAGAGAAACUAGCCUUCAAGAUUCAGAUGGCAGACACUCAAGCAGCCUUCACCAACAAGGAGUCUGUACAGAAGGAGGUGAAAGCUACUCUCUCCCAGAAAGCCACUCUGAGCUGUGAGGUGUCUGAUACCAAGACAGAGACAAAGGGCAAGACUCGUCAGCUGGUGAUAGAGAAGGUGGAGAAGAAGGAUGCUGGAGAGUACACCUGUGAGGUUGGAGCGGAGAAGUUGGCCUUCAAGAUAGAGGUGGCAGAAUCCUCUGCCAAAUUUAAAAAAACUGCAGUGAAGGGUGCAUGCAGUGUUCAAGCAAGUGAGAAGAUUGUUUUGACCACUGAGUUGACUUCGGAGAGUGCCAGUGUUAAGUGGUUCAGGGACGGUGUGGAGUUGAAGGAGAGCUCUAAGUAUGACAUGAAGAGAGAGGGACAUUCUCGUACCCUGAUUGUGAAGUCCACUGAAGUCAAAGACAGUGGCACCUACUCAUGCCACACUGCUGACGACAAGCUUGAGUUCAAAGUUCAAGUCAAGGAUUCACCGCUGAAGUUUGUGGUGCAGUUGCAGCCUGUAGCCACAGAGCUGGGUGGUACACUGACCCUGACCUGUGAAAUGAACCGAGCCUUAGGGGACGUGCUCUGGCGCCACAACAGCUGUGAGAUCAUACCCGGCGGCAGGUUCUGUGUCAGCACUGAUGGUCCCAAGCGGGUCCUUACUGUGACAGGAAUGGCGAAAGAGGAUGAGGGAGAAUACAGCUGUGAAUGCAAAGAUGAUAAGACCUCUGCCAAGGUCUCCACCAAAGCACCCAGACUGGUGAAGCUGACUUCCAAGCUGAGCAACGUCGCUGCUGUGGAGGGGAAGGAGGCCAUCUUCAAGUGUAGUGUCACCCCAGCUGACGUCAAAGUGAAAUGGUUCUGCAACAACGUGCCCAUCACUGCUGGGCCUAAAUAUAAGAUUGAGCAUGGGGGCACCAGCCAUUCCCUCACCGUCACCUCAGUGAGUCAGGAUGAUGCUCAAGAGAUCAGCAUUGAUGCAGAGGGCAAAACCUGCAGUGCUACCCUCCAAGUGCAACUGGAGCCGGUGAUGUUCAAGAAGAAGCUGGAGAAUGUGAUGGUGGUGGAGGAACAGAAGGAGGUGAAGCUGGAGGUAGAGCUGAGUAAACCCUCUAAAGAGGUCAGGUGGAUGAAGAACAGCGUGGUGCUACAGCCUGGAGGCAACAUGGAGAUCAGGGUGGACGGAGCCAAGCAGACCCUGGUCUUUAAGAGUGUGACUACGGCCGAUCGUGGCUACUACUCCUGUGAGACCCUGGACGACAAGACCCAGGCCAAGCUCACAGUGGAUGUGAAAAAGAUUGAGGUGGUGAACGGCCUGCUGCCGGAGGUCAAGGCCCAUGAGAAGGAGACGGUGACCCUAGAGGUGGAGCUCAGCCAGGCUGACGUGGAGGGCUCCUGGACCAGGGACAGCGUCAAGCUCAAGGCAGGGUCCAACUGCCGCAUCACGGCCCUGGGAAAGAAGCACGCCCUCACACUAUCCCAAAUCAAGAUGGAGGAUGCAGGAACAAUUGCCUUCCAAGCAGAGGGGGUCAAAACUUCUGCCAAACUCAUUGUUACAGAACCUGUGGCUAUGAUCUCUAAACCCAUGGAGGAUGUCAAAGCCCCAGAGAAGGAGAAGGCAACGCUUGAGUGUGAGGUGUCCAGAACUAAUGCUGAGGUCAAGUGGUUCAAGGGUGACAUGGAACUGAAACCAGGAAAGAACUUCCGCAUCCUCUCCCAGGGGCGCACACGCAGCCUGCUAAUCCACAAAUGUUCACAAGAGGAUGAGGGCACAUACGUCUGCCAAACGUCUGAUGACAACACAUCAGCUAAACUCACUGUUCAUGCCCGAGACAUUCAAAUAGUGAAGAAGCUUGAGGACGUGGAGGUGAUGGAGAAGGAGAGCGCUUCGUUCUUCUGUGAGAUCUCUCACGAUGAAGUGGACUGCCAGUGGUUCAAAGGCGACACCAAACUCAAAGUCGGUGACAACAUCAAGAUGAGACAAGAGGGUAAAAUCUAUGUGCUGCUGUUUAAGUCGGUGACCCCAGAAGACUUUGCUGAGAUUAAAUUCACAGCUGAAAAGGCCUCUUCAACAGCCAAACUGACAGUGAAAGAGCUCCCUGUCCAGUUUGUGAAGAAGCUCAGGGAUAAGUUAGCCUUGUAUACACACCGUGGGUUCUUGGAAUGCCAAGUGUCCCGGGCCAGCGCCAAGGUCAAGUGGUACAAGAACAAGAAGGAGAUCAAGCCCAGCAAGAAGCAUGAGAUCAGCAGCGAGGGUAUAUACCGCAAACUCACCAUAAACGACGUGGGCUCGGAUGAUGAGGAUACUUACACCUGUGACGCCAUUGAUGACAAGACAUCCUGUAAACUUCUUGUGGAAGAGCAGGCCAUCAGCAUCGUACGGGAGCUAAGUGCCGUGGAAGUGACCGAGCCCUUUGCCGCCUUCUUCGAGGUGGAGAUCAACAUCGACUCAGUCAAGCCCCCCAAGUGGACCCUGAAUGGUGUGGCCGUGCAGGAGAGCGUUGACGUGGAGAUGGAUAAGGAGGGCUCCAUGCACCGCCUCACCUUUAAGAAGACCAAGGCGUCCAUGACAGGACCUGUCCAGUUCAUGGCUGGCAAGAGCAAGUCUGUGGCCCAGCUCACUGUCCAAGAGCGCCCUCUUGAGGUGGUAGAGCCCAUUAAAGAUAUGACAGUCAAGGAGAAGGGCUCAGCCACUCUGAGCUGCAAGUUCUCCGCCGCACCCAAAGAGGUGAGCUGGUUCAAAGGGCAAACCCUCCUGGAUGCUUCCGACAAGUACAACCUGAAACAGGACGCUGUGAGGGCUCAGCUGACCAUCCAGAAGCUGACUGGGGAAGACACUGGGGAGUACCGCUGUCUGUCGUGUGCUGCCGAGACCAAAGCCACUCUCACUGUAGAGGUUCGGAAAGUGGAGAUCACCAAACACUUGGUGGACACAGAGGUGGAUGAGGACAGUGAUGCAGUGUUCACCUGUGAGAUCAACUACACUGAUGAGGAGGUGCAAUGGCUACUCAAUGAAAAAGCACUCUUCUCCAACGAGGUCAACACCAUCACACACAUGGGCAAAAUGCACACGCUCACACUCAAGAAUCUGGCACCUGAGGAUGGGGGCACCAUCAUCUUCAAGGUUAGGGAAAUCAAGGAGGGUGUGACCCUAAAAGUCAAAGAGAAGCGUGCAGUGUUCCUCAAGUCUCUGGAUGAUGUGGUGGGAGAGGUGAAAGGUAUGAUCACCCUGGCUUGUGAGGUCUCCAAGCCCAGGGUCUCCCCCACCUGGAGGAAAGAUGGUACGAUCCUUACCACUGGCUCUAAGUAUGAGGUCCUGCACACCGGCAAGUCCCUGGGUCUGAUCAUCAAGGAUGUUACCAAGGAAGACGCAGGGGAGUACAGCUGCGACCUGGGAACUGAGCUUUCCAAGUCAAAGGUCACUGUGAGAGACCUGAGCAUAGGUAUCACCAAGCAGUUGAAGUCCGUGGAGGCGAUGGAGGGAGAGACAUGUAGCUUUCAGUGUAUUCUGUCACGGGAAAGCACUGACGAGUGUUCCUGGACCUUCAAUGGCCAGACCGUGGCUAACGGAGGACGCUUCCAGGUCUCCAGUACAGGUCGCAAGUACAUGCUGGUUAUCAAGGAUGUGACACCAGCCGAUGCUGGUGAGGUGGUCUUCAACAUCAAGAACCUGAACUCCAAGACUACCUUAGCUGUUGAAGGCAAAGCUCAAUCUGUAUCACGGGAGCUGCAGAGCAUUAGUGUAGUCUCAGGGGAGGAUGCUGUGUUCACCUGUGAGGUCACACAGACCAGGGCCACUGUCCAGUGGGCCAAAGAUGGGAAGGACAUCAGGAAGAGUGAGAAGUAUGAGAUCAGUAAAGAGGAGAGGGUCAUGAAGUUGACCGUCCACAGUGUCACUGUUCAGGACUCUGGGGAAUAUAGUUGUGAGGUUAUCGGAGGUGCAACUACCAAGGCCAAGCUGGAGAUCAAAGAGCCAGUCCACAAGUUUACCAAGGAGCUUAAGGACAGCGAGGUGGAGGAGGAGGGCUCAGUGACCCUGCAGUGUGAGACAGCCCAGCCUGCCUCCAAGGCCACCUGGUCCAAGGGAGGCGUGGAGCUGAAGGCCGGGGGACGCUAUGAGAUGAGUCAGAAGGAGACCGUCCUCCACCUCACUAUCAAACAGCUGGAGGAGAAAGACGGCGGCACUUACACCUGUGACGUGGGCACUGCGACGAUGACGGCAAUGGUGACAGUCAAAGCCUUGCCUGCCAGCUUUAUACAAAAGCUGAAGAACCAGCAGGCCAAGGAAGGGGAGAGUGUCACGCUCUGCUCUGUGUUUAUCCAAACCUGGGGCCAAGCCCAACCUGUUACAUUCAAACACAAACUGGAGAGCCAGGAGGCUGAGGAGGGGGGCAGUGUUACCCUGCACUCAAAGUGUACCAGAGGACAGUGGAGACUACAGCUGUUGUGUGGAGACCAGAAGACUACAGCCGGUCUCAAGAUAAAGGCCCAACCUGUUACAUUCAAACACAAACUGGAGAGCCAGGAGGCUGAGGAGGGGGGCAGUGUUACCCUGCACUGUGAGCUCUCUAAACCUGGAGUCCCUGGGGAAUGGAGGAAGGGAACACAGGUGCUGAAGUCUGGAGAAAAGUACCAGAUGAAGCAGAAAGAAUCUGUGAGUGAACUCCUGAUCAGCAAAGUGGUACCAGAGGACAGUGGAGACUACAGCUGUGUGUGUGGAGACCAGAAGACUACAGCCAGUCUCAAGAUAAAGGCUCUUCCAGUCAUAUUCAAACAAGAUCUGCAGAGUCAGGAGGUUGAAGAGGGGGGCAGUGUUACCCUGCACUGUGAGCUCUCUAAACCUGGGGUCCCUGUGGAAUGGGGGAAGGGAACACAGGUCCUGCAGUCUGGAGAAAAGUACCAGAUGAAGCAGAAAGAUUGCAGUGUGGAACUCCAAGUCUGUGAUUUGAAACCUGAAGACACGGGAAGCUACCACUGCAGGGCUGGAGACACAGAGAGCUCAGCAUACCUGAAAGUCAAUGCUCUCCCAGUCAUUUUCACUAAAGAGCUGCAGAGCCAACAGGCUGAAGAGGGGGGCAGUGUUACCCUGCACUGUGAGCUUUCUAAACCUGGGCUCCCUGUGGAAUGGAGGAAGGYGGAGGUGGGUCUUUGCCCCUGUGCCAAGUAUGAAAUCCUCCAGGAAGGGCACAGCGCUAGGCUAGUCAUCCAAAACUUAGACCCAGAAGACUCAGGCAGCUACACCUGUGACAGUGGUGACCGGAAAACCACAGCACACCUUGCUGUGAAGGCCCUGCCCGUUUACUUCAAAACUCGACUACAGAAUCUAGAGUGGGACGCAGGUGAGAUCGCCAUCCUCCGCUGUGAGAUCACCAAGCCUGGGGCCAGCGUUGUCUGGAGCCGGGGCGACAGGGUCCUGGAAUCUAACAACAAGUAUCAGCUGAAACAGGAAGGGGCCAUUGUGAAGCUUAUCAUCUAUAGCCUACAAGGGGCUGACUCUGGGGAGUAUAUCUGUGACACAGGUUACCAGAAGACCUCCUCCAUGCUCACUGUACAGGACGUGGAGGUGACCAUAGUGAAGGUCUUGAACAGCUGUUCGGUGCACGAGGGGGAGGAUGUCCACUUUGAGUGCCAUCUGUCCCACGUUGAUGCCAAGGAGGUCCAGUGGAAGCUUGCGGACGUCCCUCUGCAGAACAAUGAAAUGAACCUGAUCCGUGCCCAGGGCAAGGUGCACAGCCUCACCCUCAGGGGGGUCACCCAGGCCGACUCGGGCACAGUCACCUUCACCGUGGGUCACCAUACCUCCACCGCAAGCCUGACCGUCCGAGGGGCCCCUGUGGUGUUCAAGAAGGAGCUGGAGAGCCAGGAAGCAGUGGAGGGAGGCAGUGUUUCCCUGACCUGUGAGAUCAGUGCUGAUGGCAAGGUGACCUGGAGAAGGGGCUCUGUGCUCCUCACCCAGGGGGAGAAGUAUUCCAUGGAGCACACAGGUUCUACCUACAUCCUGAUGGUUCACAAGUUAAAGGUUGAAGAUGCUGGAGAGUACACCUGCGAUACCGGGMAUAAGCAGAGCACAGCCACCCUGAUAGUCAAAGAGUCUGUACGCAUCACUCGGGAGCUGCACGACAUCACAGUGACCACCGGGCAGAAUGCUGUCUUUGCGUGUGAGUUGUCCCAGGAGGGCGUGACCAACGGAGAGUGGUGGCUGGGCGAUAACCUCCUCCAGAACAACGACCUGAACCAGAUGACCUGCCAGGGCCGGGUACACCGGCUGACACUGCAGAUGGUCACCCCCGAUGAAUCAGGGGACGUGGCGUUUGUGGUGGGCGAGGAGAAGACCGUCGCUUGCCUACUGGUGGAAGAGAAGCCCAAAGCCUUAAUCCUUGAGAAGCCUCACGAUACAGUGGCCUUGGAGGGUGAGACAGUCACCCUGUCCUGCACUGUCUCCGACCCCACGGCAACCGUCACCUGGAGCAGGAAUGAUGUGGCUAUCAAAGCAGGACUCAAGUACGACCUGCGGAAGAAUGGAGCUCUCCUGCAGCUGCGCAUCCACAACCUGGAGAUGGAGGACUCUGGAACCUACUGCUGCGAUACCGGGGAUGCACAGUGCACCGUCACCUUGACUGUGGAAGGUGCCCCGGCAUUCUUUCAGAAAGAGCUGAAGAACCAGGAAGCCCAGGAGGGUGAUGAUAUCACUCUGCACUGUGAGCUCUCCAAGGCGGGCACUCACGUGGAGUGGAGGAAGGGAGGCAUGGUCCUCCAGGCUGGUAAGAAGUACGAGAUGAGGCAGGAGGGCUGCGUUCAGGAGCUCCACAUUCGCAACCUGGAGCCAGAGGACAACGGCUACUACACCUGUGAUGCUGGAGAUCAGCUCACCACGGCGUCAGUGGCAGUGCAAGCCAAACCCAUAGAAAUCCUCCAGGGCCUGGAGAACAUGGACACCAUCGACGGCGGCGAGGCCCUGUUCGAGUGCUCGAUCUCUCGUUGCGAGAUCAAAGACAGCUGCUGGCUCAUUGACGGCAAGCCGGUGAAGGAUUCGCCAACCACUGAGAUUGUGUCCUUCGAGAGUGGCCGCCGCCACCUGCUGCUGCUAAAGGAUCUGCACGUCGGGGACAACUGCAAAGUGACCUUCCAGGCUGGCACCGCAGCGACCUCCGCCCUGCUCAACGUCAAAGGCUGGCAGCUGGAUGUGGUGAGCGGUCUGGAGGAUAAGGUAGCUGUGGUGGGAGAGAAGGUAGAGUUCAGCUGCAUACUGACUGAGCCUGUGCCUAAAGCGGAGGUAGCCUGGUACUCUAACGGAGCCGAGCUAAAGAAUGAUAACACCUGGGCCAUGCAGGCUGACGGUUGCUCCUACCACCUGGUGCUGAGACAGGCCCCAGCCAUGCCACCACAGGAGAUCACCUUUGCUGCCAGGGAUGCCAUUUCCAUGGCCAAGCUCACUGUCAUCACCGUUCCAGACCCCCCGGAGGACCCAGAGCUGGUCAGUAAGCAUAAACAGGGGGUGACCCUGUCCUGGUUCACACCUCUCAGCGAUGGAGGCAGCCCCAUUUUGGGUUACAGGGUGGAGAUGAGGCUGGCGGACAGCGCCCUCUGGCUUCCGUGCCAUGCAGAGCCUGUGUGUAACACAGAGUUCUCUGUGGAUAACCUCAUCCCAGGGAGCGGCUACAGGUUCAGGGUGGCAGCKAUCAACAGAGCUGGGACUGGAGAACCUGUCCAGCUGCCUCAGACCGUUCAGCUGGAGGCUCCAAUCACAGUUACCCAGCAGUUGGCCUGUCCAGACUUGCAGGAGGGUAAGAUGGCCCGUGUAGAGUGCCAGCUCUCUGCUGAGGGCAGCUCGGUCACCUGGCUCAGAGACAACAAGGAGCUGGAGUUUGGGGUCAAAUACCAGGUCACCAUCGAGGGCAAGACACAAGUGCUYCUGAUCAAAGACUUUGAGUCUGCUGACCAGGGCGUGUACACCUGUGUGGCCUCAGACGAGGCAGAAAGCUCCAUUAAUCUCAACCUACCAACAGGUGAGAUGGGGGUUAGUUUGGAGGGGGCCCAGCCCAGCCUGCCUCCUGAGGCUGCCUCCGAGGGUGAUGUCCACGCGCUGUGGGAGGCCCUGGCCAAGAAACGCCGCAUGAGCCGAGAGCCCACCCUAGACUCCAUCUCUGAGCUGCCUGAUGAGGAGGACAAGGAGCCGAAAACAUCCAAGGAGCCAGUCAAGGAGAAGAAAGCCCCAGAGAAGGUGAACGAAAAGGAGAAGGUUGUGGAGCCUGUCAUCAUCGCAAAGAAGAAGGAGUUGGAUACCAAUCUACACACCAGCUCUGAGGAUGAGUCCAGGGUUCCAACGCUGGUGUCCUACCUGAAGAAGAGCAGCAAGUCCUCCCUCUCUGCAUCCGACCAGACAGAGUCCAUCUCAACUGAGAAGUUCUAUGCACAGACCUCAGUGCAACAGACCACAGUCCUACAGACCUCAUCUUCGGGACAGAAGAUCACAGCACAGACCACAGAGAUCACUGAGUGCGGAAGUGAGGAGAUUGAAGAAAAGGGGCUGCUGGAUGCUGCUGUCAAGAUCCAGGCUGCGUUCAAGGGCUACAAGUCCUGCAAGGACAUGUGUCCAGUCUUCAAGGAUGUCUUCAAGGACCAGACCAAGGAGCCCAAUGGCACCAUCCACCUGGAGUGUGUGGUUGAGGGCAAGCCCGACAAGGUGCGCUGGCUGAAGGACGGCGAGCCCCUUGUGGACAGCAAACACCAUCACAUCGACAUCUACAACGAUGGCACCUGCUCUCUGGUAAUCACCGCCGUUACCACCAAGGACACGGGCAUCUACACAUGUGAGGUCACCAACAAGUUCGGCGUGACCAUCCACAGCGGCAAGGUGACAGUAGGCUCGGCACGGGAGGCAUCUGGAAGGAGGCCCCUGACCAUGGGCUACAGCGCUGACAGCGAGGCGGAGAGCUCGUCUGCAGAAAGCGAGAUGGAUGAGUCUUUGAGGCAGGCCAGCAAACGGCUUCGCCGCCUCCUCCGCACACGCCUGCCGGCCACGUCGGAGGAGGAGUCGUUUGUCAGCUGUGAUGAUGAGGCUGUUCUGCAGGCCCCCGAGCCCAAAUCGUACCGUGAGGACGAGCGCUACCUCUACAUCCGCUUUGACACGCGGUCUGAGGCACAGGUGGCGUCGCUGCACUUUCAGGAGAUGUUCACGGCCCAGGGGAUGCCUGUGGAGACCACCAUCCAGGAGGCUGGACCUCUCAAAGUGGAGCUGCGCAUCAUGAAGAUGGGAUACACUCAAGAUGGCUCUGCAACACCCACACAGGAGAAGCAGCUGCCCGCGUUCAUGACAGGAGCCCCUGCGGCCCCAGUCUUCCUGACCGAACUCCAGAGCCAGGACGUGCCUGACGGUUACCCGGUCAGCUUUGACUGCGUGGUGAUCGGAAAGCCUACACCCAGCGUGCGUUGGUUCAAGGACGGGAAGCUCCUGGAGGAGAAUGACCACUACAUGAUCAACGAGGACCACGAGGGCUGCCACCAGCUCAUCAUCACCACCGUGCUGCCUUCUGACAUGGGCGUCUACCGCUGCAUGGCCGAGAACACCAGUGGCAUUGCUGCCACUAAGGCUGAGCUCAGGGUUGACAUGUCUUGCAGUUCAGACUACGAUACUGCAGCUGAUGCCACUGAGACAGGCUCCUACAUCAGCGCCAAGGGCUACAUGUCAAGGGAAACGGAAGCGUUUGAGUCUGUGGCAGAGGAUGAGCAGAUGCCACAAGUACUGGAUGAACUCCAUGAUGUGCACGUCAGCCCAGGCUCACCCAUCGCUAAGAUGCAGCUGAAAGUCAAAGGUUUCCCCYCGCCCAGAGUGUACUGGUUCAAGGACGGUAUCACGCUGCGUUCCUCAGACAGGAUCCUGCUGCUGGACAAGAGAGACGUCCACAGUCUGGAGGUCCUGGAGGUGAAGAGGGAGGAUACAGGAGAGUACUCUGCCUACAUCAGCAACGCUGCUGGAUCAGCAUACUCCUCUGCUAGGAUACUGGUUCUGGGUCCAGGAGAGCUCCCACCUGUAGAAAAGCACGAUCCCAAGGUGCCUCUGGUGCCGCCACGGUUCCUGGAGAAGUUUAGCAACAGGAAGGUGAAACAGGGAGCCAGUGUCACCAUGUCAGUCAGAGUGGAAGGUUCUCCCACCCCCAUGGUGACGUGGCUGAAAGAGGAGUCUGCUGAGGACGUGUUGUGGAUCAAGCCAGACACUAAGGGCUAUAAGGUGGCCAGGUCUGGGCGCCAACACAGCCUCAUCCUCAUGGAUGCGGGUUCUGAGCACGCCGGCACCUACACCUGCAUAGCCACCAACAGGGCCGGCCAGUCCAUCUGCACUGCCCACUUUGAGGUAGAGGAUGCGCCACGACCAAAGGAAGAGACCAAAAUSCCUCUGGGUAUUACUGUCAGCCCUCCAGAGGAGAAUGCUGGCAGAAAAAUGCCUUAUCUAGGUGAAGUUGGAACAGAGGAGUUUCUUAUGAAGCUCACCUCUCAGAUCACAGAGAUGGUAUCUGCCAAGAUCAGCCAAGACAGCGCACAGAACCAUCAAGUGCUCCAGUGGAUGAAAUCAUGGCCCAAAGCCUCCACCUCACUACGUGUCCCGGGAGGCGAUAGCGACGAUGAGACCAAAACACCCUCCGCCUCGCCCCAUCACGGCCGCUCUCGCCCCAGCUCCAUUCUCGCGGACUCCUCCUCUGAGUCUGACGACCCUGAUGCCAGGGGAGAGAUGUUUGACAUCUAUGUGGCUACGGCUGACUACAACCCCACCAUCCCCAACAAAGAGACCAUUUCCCUGAAGGAGGGCCAGUAUGUUGAGGUUCUGGAUUCGGCACAUCCACUCAAAUGGCUGGUCCGGACCAAACCAACCAAAACCACCCCAUCCCGCCAGGGCUGGGUCUCGCCUGCCUACCUGGACAAGAAACUCAAGCUGUCUGCUGAUGCUGGUGAUGUCCCAGAGACAGGUGGAGAAGAGGUCUCAGAAGGAGAGUACAAAAGAAGACUACUCCAACUGAUCCAGGACAUGAUCAACAGCGAGGCAGAGUUUGUCAAAGAGAUGGACUUCUUCACCUCCCACCACGUCAAGCAUGUGGAGAGCCCUGACGCCCCAUCUGACAUCACCAGCCAGAAGGAGGCCAUAUUCAGGAACAUCAACGAGAUCAAGGCCUUCCAUAGCGAGUUCAUGUUCCCUAAGUUGCGCGAGUGCGACACAGAUGACGACGUGGCCAUGCGGUUCCUGAGGAGCGGGGAGGGCUUUGAGAAAUACCUCCAGUACCUUGUAGGCCAGCAAAAGGCAGAGGCCGCUAUCAGUGACAAGACCGUACACCACUUCUUCAAGAAGUACACAGACAAACAGCAGGCCAGUGCCGACCCUGCUGAAGGGCCUGUAUUGAGCAUUAAUGCCUACCUACAGAAACCUCUGGACAGAAUCCAGAAGUACAAGGCCUCACUCAAGGAGCUGAUCAGGAACAAGGCCAGGAACGGUCAGAACUGCUGCCUGCUGGAGGAGGCCUAUGCCAUGGUUUCAUCACUGCCUCAGCGUUCAGAGAACACACACCACGUCUCCAUGAUAGAGAACUACCCUGCCACUCUGGAUGUAUUGGGGGAGCCCAUCAGACAGGGACCCUUCAUGAUGUGGGAGGGUGCACCUGGGGUCAGGUCCUCCUCCAGAGGGCACCGUCGACACGCGUUCCUCUUCAAAAACUAUGUCAUCAUCUGCAAAUCCAAGAGAGACUCCAACACAGACACCCAGGGCUACGUCUUUAAGAACAUGAUGAAGCUGAACAACAUAGACGUGAACGAGACAGUGGAGGGUGACGACCGGGCCUUUGAGAUCUGGCACGAGCGCGAGGACUCUGUCAGGAAGUACACGCUUCAGGCUCGCACCGUCAUCAUCAAGAACUCCUGGCUGCGAGACCUCAGGGACCUGCAGCAGCGCUACACCAUGCCCGGCUGGAGUAUGCCUGACUUUGAUGAGCUUCUGGCUGACUGCACAGCGGAGCUGGGACAGACAGUGAAACUGGCCUGCAAGGUUACUGGAAUACCCAAACCUGUGGUCACCUGGUACAAGGAUGGGCAUGCGGUGGAGGCCGACCCUCACCACAUCAUCAUCGAGGACCCUGACGGUUCCUGCACCCUGAUCCUGGACAACAUGACAGCUGAUGACUCUGGACAGUACAUGGGCUUCGCCACUAGCACCGCAGGCAACGCCAGCACCCUGGGGAAGAUCACUGUCCAAGUGCCUCCUCGUUUCGUGAACAAGAUGAGGAAUGCUGUCUUUACCGUUGGUGAGGAUGCUCAGUUCUCCUGCACCAUCCAGAGCGCCCCCAGCCCCAAGAUCAGGUGGUUCAAGGAGGGUAGGCUGCUGACUGACCAGGAGAAGUAUCAGACCUACAGUGAGUCCCGUAGUGGAGUACUGGUUCUAGUCAUUAAAGGCACUACGGAGAGAGACCUGGGACAUUACGAAUGUGAGUUGUCUAAUCGACUGGGCAGUGCUAGGUGUGCAGCUGAUCUGUGCCUUCCUUCUGCUGUGACUAGGAGAGGAGAGCAGGCGAUCACCAUCGAAGUCACCGAGCAGGAGACUAAAAUACCAAAGAAAACCAUCAUCAUAGAGGAGACCAUAACCACGGUGGUGAAGAACACCCGCAUGAAGCGUCGUGGCCUGUCUCAAUCUGGGUUCAACCGCUCCCAAACCUCCACCCCAGAUCUCCCCACCACCCCCACGGCCAGGCAGAGGAGGCAGGCUUCCGCCAACAGGAAGACCACCAUCCCCACCCUGUAUGUCACGGACCCCGAGGGGGGCGCAGGGGCCCGGGCUGCGGAGAACAAGUGGGUGGAGGUAGAGGAAAUAAUUGAGUACAAGGUCAACAAGUCGCCCAGGCCCUCCAGGAGAGGUGUCUCCCCAGCCGGGUCGGAGCGGGCGCACACCCCCUCCUCCACCCGGCCACAGAGGUCCGCAAACCCUAACGCCAACAACAACAACAACCUGGUAGAACUGCAGAACCACUCCGAGCUGCAGGGGGCACAGCCUCUGUACUGGGACGAUGAGGAGGAGGAGGAUGUUGACGUGGCUGUGGAUGGGUCCGAGGUCYCCCCUGGAAUCAGUGGAGAUGCCUACGAGGUCUCCUCGCUUCUAAUUCCUAACGACCAUGAACACGAAGAGGAUGAGGCCUGGCUAGAGGAGCAGCAAGAGGCUUUCAUCACAGAACCGGAUGACGACGACAACACACCCAGGAAGCUGGAGCCUAAGAUCCUGACCCAGGGCGGUCGCGUUCUCACCCUGGAGGACCUGGAGGACUACGUCCCCAGGGAGGGGGAGACCUACGGCUCCUCCAACACCCGUUCAUCACCUCCCGAGAGGCCCUGCGAGAUCUCAGUUCUCCAGAGGGAGAUUGGCGGCUCUGCUGUGGGCCAGCCGGUGCUGCUCAAUGUAGGGAGGCCUGUGGUGAUGCCUAGGGAGAGCCCCAGGCCGGGCUUCUUCAGCCGCUUUAGAGAUCACCUCUCAGGAAGCAUGUUCUCCCCGGCCGGCCCCCACCACAACUACCACCCCAGCGGAGGUCAGUCCAGGAGGGAGAUUCCCAUCCAGGUCAGCCACGCCAAGCUAGAGGUCAAGCCGUUGUACUGCUCUGAGGUGCAGAGAGUGGAGGGASUGCAGCAGAGCUACAAAACCAAAGUCUACACGUCAGUGGGCAAGCCAGUCACUCUUCAGAUUAGCAAGAAUAACCCGUAUCAAAACCAAUAAUUUAGUGUGUGAAAAUAAGUAGCUGGAUUAGAACCAAGCAGAUUGUUGUUAUUCUGUGAUACAUACAAUAGCCCUUUUAGUCUUAAAUGGGAACAUUUCUAGUUAAGUGUUAAAAAGCAUAUUCUAACAUUGCAUUUUACUGCAAAUGGCGAAUCAUUCCAUUUUCAAACAACCCGGCUAAAAGUAAAAUGCAGACACAGGAAAUCAGUCGUUUGGUCAGCCAGAAAGUGGAUUUUAAAGGACAAACAUCAAAAGGGGUUGGAUAUGUUAAGGCUAAAUGAUUUCCGAACACCAUUGUAUACUAUCCAGCCUUCAAUUUAUUGCAGCCUUUGUUGCCACAGAUUUGAUGUACUAAAAAAUACAAUAAUUAUGAGUGUUGUAACAUGGAUUGACACUAUUUUCAAGUUCAAAACUCCAUUUCCUUUACCCUCAGGCGACAGAUGUUUAUAAUUUUAACUCCUUGAUGUUAAACUUCUGUCCUGUAGGAGAACAUCAGUGUACAGCACUAUACACUAAGUGUACAAAACAUUAGGAAUACCUUCCUAAUGUUGAGUUGCACCCCCUUUUMCCCUCAGAACAGCUUCUAUUUGUCGGGGCAUGGACUCUACAAGGUGUCGACAGAGUUCCUCAGGGAUGCUGCCCCAUGUUGGCCAAAAUGCUUCCCACAGUUGUCAGGUUGGUUGGAUGUCCUUUGGGUGGUGGACCAUUGUUGAUACACACCUGAAACUGU